CAGCUGGGAUCUCGACCCGCCAGAGCAGAGAGUGUGGAGCCUCCUCGCCACUCUUUGUUUACUCUUCUGUAAGGUGAACCAACCAACUCCAGCCACAGCCGCCAAACCUCCCCGGUGGUGCUGAGACCGACAUCUGCUCUCAGAGAUGGCCGUGGCACCGCGGGCCCUGGCGCUUCUCGCCCUGCUGAGCCUGGCUCCGGCACCCGCCCUGGGAGGAUGCCCGUCGGCUUGCCGGUGCUCGUUCGCCAUGCUGCAGUGCCUGGAGCCCAAUGGCAUAACCAGCAUCCCGAAGCUGGUGCUGCAGGAGAGCGAGAACGUGACAGAGAUUUACAUUGAGAACCAAGCCGGCCUGGAGAAUAUAACAGAAGUUGACCUUGCUUACUACAGAGAGCUGAAGAACCUCACGGUGACGUCCUGCAAGCUGAGGUUCAUCUCCGCCACCGCCUUCCUGAACAACCUCAAGCUUCAGUAUGUAAACCUGGCAUCAAACUCUCUGGAACACAUCAGCUGGAGGGUGUUUCAUUUCCUACCGCUGCUGAAUCUGGUUUUAAGGGACAACCCUCUGGUUUGCUCGUGCGACCUGCACUGGCUGCAGCAGUGGCAGAGCAACGACCGCGGCGACCUGGACAGCCAGAUGUUGUUCUGUUUGUCCAACGAUGAGGAAGUACCGCUCAACUCUCUGGUGAUAGACAACUGCAGUCUGCCCGAAGUGACCAUCGUGCCCCUUCAAGACAAGAUCCAAGAAGGAGGCAACCUCACGUUUGAGUGCCAUGUGACAGGAAGUCCCACUCCCACUGUGAGAUGGCGAACUGAGGAGCUCGAGUCCCACUUCUUCACCCAGGAGAGAAUCUGGGGUUCCACAUUAGAGCUGGUCCUUUACCUCACCAACGUUUCCUCCAAGGACAACCUGCACAACCUGACUUGUGAGGCGGAGAACCAAGCUGGGCCCAGAGAGGGGAUGGUGCAAUUGGACAUUGAGUUUCCAGUCAGCAUCCUCUUCCUGAGAGACGCUGUGCAGCAGCACAACUGGUGUUUCCCCUUUGCUGUGGACGGCAACCCCGAGCCGAGCAUCACCUGGCUGUACAAUGGCGUCAGACUGAAAGAGAACAGGUACGCGUACACCCAGCUGAUCCAGGACUCGGGCGACGGGUCGGUGAAGCACGGCUGUCUCUUCCUCAACAAGCCGACCCACAUCAACAACGGCAACUACACUCUGAUGGUGGAGAACCGGCUGGGCAGGGACACGGCCACCGCCAUCGGGUCGUUCAUGGAAAACCCGUUUGAUCCGCUCGAUCCUGAGGGAAUAAUUCCAGGUCCUACAAACAAAGCCGACAUGGACGUCACAGAGAAUCCGGAGAGUCGAGUGUUUGUGGUGUCUGUGGCUGUGGGUCUGGCUGUGUUUGCCUGCACUUUCCUGCUCAUCAUGGUUCUGGUUAUCAACAAGUGUGGCCAGCACUCCAAGUUUGGUAUUCACCGCUCAUCAGUUUUGGGCACUGAGGACGAACUGGCCGUGUCGCUUCGUUUCAUGAACUUUGGAACGAGCCCUCCUUCCUCAGAUGAAGACUCCGGCUUGUCCAGCUUUGUGGAGAAUCCACAGUACUUCUGCGGCAUCAUCAAGGACAAAGACAUGUGCGUCCAGCACAUUAAGCGGCAGGACAUCGUGUUAAAGUGGGAGCUGGGCGAGGGAGCGUUUGGCAAAGUCUACCUGGCAGAGUGCGCUAACCUCAGCCCCGACAGCGACAAGAUGCUGGUUGCCAUCAAGACUCUGAAGGACGCAAACGAGUCGACUCGGCAGGACUUCCAGCGGGAGGCGGAGCUGCUGACGAUGCUCCAGCACCAGCACAUCGUCAGGUUCUACGGCGUCUGCACCGACGGAGAGCCGCUGGCCAUGGUGUUCGAAUACAUGAGGCACGGGGACCUAAACAGGUUUCUUCGAGCUCACGGCCCCGACGCCCGGAUCCUGGAGGAGUCCAAGAUGCCCCCGCUGGGUCAGCUCACUCUGCCCCAGAUGCUGCACAUCGCUGCCCAGAUUGCCUCAGGAAUGGUCUACCUGGCAUCGCUGCACUUUGUCCACCGCGACCUGGCCACCCGGAACUGCCUGGUGGGGGAGGGUCUGGUGGUCAAGAUCGGAGACUUCGGCAUGUCCCGGGACAUCUACAGCACAGACUACUACCGGGUGGGCGGACGCACGAUGCUGCCGAUCCGCUGGAUGCCCCCGGAGAGCAUCAUGUACAGGAAGUUCACGACGGAGAGCGACAUCUGGAGCUUCGGCGUGGUCCUCUGGGAGAUCUUCACUUACGGCAAACAGCCCUGGUAUCAGCUGUCCAACAGCGAG